GUGGUCGUGUUCUGCUUCGCAAAAGUAGAGAGGAAGAAGUUAUAUUCAUAGUAAAUUCAAAAUGGACGAACUUGCGGUAGAAGUAUGCGGUGACAAUGGUGCCCAUUAUAAGGGUAUCGUCACCGACGUGUUCGACGAUGGAGUCAUGGUGGAGUUCGAAAACGACUGGCAGGAGGAGUCAAAAUUCCACUUCAAUCAAGUACGAUUACCACCCAGCGAGAGCUACGACGUGUUCGUCGAGCGCAUGGAGGUCGAGGUGUUUUCCCGCUCGCAAGAAAAUGAAGCCUGCGGCUGGUGGCGGGCGUCAAUAAAGAUGAUGAAGGGCGAAUUUCUCGUCGUCGAGUACCUCGGUUGGGAUCACAGUUACACGGAAAUCGUCAACACCGAUCGGAUCCGAGCGAUUAAUCCGAAUCCUCCUAUCAACGAGAAAACCUUCCACCGGUUCGAGAUCGAGGUGCCGGAGGAAGUGCGGGAGUACGCCAAAAUUGAAGGUGUUCACAAGGAGUUCCAGAAGACCAUACAGGCGGCCGUUUGCCGGUACGUGCCGGAUCGCGGUGUUUUACGCGUCAUCUCGCGAAGCGACGGGACCCAGCGACGAGCGACUAUGAUUCAGGAAAUGCACUUUCGUAAUCUUAAUCAAAAAGUAAUGCUACUGAAACGAACUGAAGAGGCCGCUCGGCAAUUAGAGUCCACAAAAUUGCAGAAUUCUGGAGGAAAUUUUAAUAACAAUCAGAGAAUAUCUGCGUUUAUUGGACAAUCAAUGAGUGAAAGAUUCACAGACGAGUUCAAGGUGCGGGAAGAUUUGAUGGGGCUAGCGAUAGGAGCGCACGGUGGCAACAUCCAAACCGCCCGGAAGCUGGACGGUGUGCUCAACAUUGAGCUUGAGGAAAACACUUGUACCUUCAAAAUUUCCGGAGAGACCAGUGAAGCCGUAAAGAAAGCUCGCUCCAUGCUGGAGUACAGCGAGGAAUCGCUGCAAGUACCUCGAAACUUGGUCGGAAAGGUAAUCGGAAAGAAUGGGCGAAUCAUCCAAGAAAUCGUUGACAAAAGUGGUGUCGUGCGCGUUAAGAUCGAGGGUGACAACGAACCGGAGCCGAGCAUACCGCGCGAAGAGGGCCAGGUACCGUUCGUGUUUGUCGGCACCGUGGAAUCGAUAGCGAAUGCCAAAGUUCUGUUGGAGUAUCAUCUAGUGCACUUGAAGGAGGUAGAACAGUUGCGUCAGGAGAAGCUAGAAAUCGACCAGCAGCUGCGAGCGAUUCAGGGUUCGGGCAUGGGCUCUAUGCAGAGCUUCUCUAUGAAUCGUCGUUCGGAUCGCACGUACAACAACGAUCCGGAUGGAUCUCGUUCGAACCGUGGUGGAAUGCGUGGUCGUGGUGGCCGUGGCGGACGAGGCACUAAUCAACGCUAUUCUGCCCGUCGCGUUACAGACAACGAGGACGAUUUUGCGCCAAGAAAUGAUCGGGAUCAGCGAGGUGGCAACAGCUAUAUGGAUUCUCGCAACAAUCGCACCAACAGAGGGUACAGCGAAAAGCGAACCACCACAGCAUCCAGCGGUGGUGCCACCGGAAGUGGCAGCAAUGGCAACGCGUCCGCCAGUGUAGGAACCAGCGGUCAAUCGAGCGGAAAACGCAACGAACGAAACAAGCCGCAAUCCCACCAUCAGCAAAACGCCACUCAACAGCAAUCGCAGGCAUCGUCGCAACAGCAGCAACCGCAGCAAGCUUCCCAGCAGAUCGGUACGGCUGGUCCGGAAGACACUAGCACCAGCAGUCGUGAGCCAGCGCAACGCAACGCCUGUGAUGCUUCCUGGUCGUCCUGCUGGAUCGAGGAUGGCUACGAGCGCAGCAAUGCGGAACCGGAGAGCAAUUCAUCGAACGAUGGGGCACAACAACGCAGCCGACGGCGAUCGAAAAAUCCGACUCAAAAAGGUAUGGCCUCGAACGGAAACGCCCAGACGGGUAACAGCAAGCAGAACAACACGAACAACGUGGCUGCCAGUGCGGUUCCAUCCGGUAAUCAGCACGACGGUGCCGGUAACGGUGCUCCCAGCUCCGGUGGUACCAAACAGCACUCGCAACAGUCACAUAUACCUCCCGCACAGUCCCAAUCGCAAGGUACCACCGGAACGACCGUACCGAAUACUAACGGCACCAGUGGAACAGCCAAUGCAACCGCUACCGGCACCGGUGGCCCGGUCGCUACUUCCGGUCCGAAAGGACAGCGUGAACCAAACACACGCCAUCGAGGUGGUCGCGGUGGUGUAGGUACUGGCGGUGGAAAACACAAGCAAACGCAG